AUGAGUCUACAGAAGCUCAAAAUUGACUGCGAAGAGGGCCUUCUCGACACCGCAAUCGAGGCCGCGAGGAAGGCUUUGAGUCAGUCGGACUCGAAUCGCAGCAGAGCGUCCUACGUUCGACGCGUUAUGGACGAGAAAUAUGGACAAGCCUGGUGCUGCGUAGUAGGCAGAGAUUUUGGCAGCGAGCUGCCCUAUCUUCCCAAUCACUUUGCUUUCUUCACCGUGGACAACGUCUCAUUCCUCGUUUGUAAAAGCUCGGAGAAUGUUAUAACUUAA